GUCAACAACUCAGCACACAAACCGAGCAGGAGCCACUCUAGCGGCCGAUGUCGCUCACUGUCCGCAGUUAAAGCGUCCGGUCCCGCACAGUCCGCUCAGAGUAAAGACGUGGAGGUUUCCGGAUCGUUGCCGCGGGAUAGAAAGACGCGGUGAAGAGCUCAGACUCGGUCAUGGCAAAGAGGUCAACUCCAGGCUGGUUUGGAGUCUUUCUCUCCACAGCCACUUUAGCCAUUGUUGCAGGGAGCCCGGUCAGCGCUCAGCAUUCUAGGAGCCGGUUCCACCGUCCCACCAGGACCUCUGACCCUCAGGUGGGCCGCGUUGCAAGAGUUUAUCUGAGCCCAGAUCAGCUCAGGCGGCUGCACUUCAAGCCCACCAUAGGCACCAUCCAGCUGUCAGAGGGCCACGAAGCAAAAUUCAACUGCUCUAUCGACAUCCCCGACGCCAGGCUGGAGCCCACCAUCACGUGGGUGAAGAACGGCCAGGACCUGGCGGGAAACGUACAGGUGGUGAUCAAUGAGCUCCAGACCACUACGGAUGGGGUCACGACUCUCCUCUCCACUGUCAGCAUUAAUCAAGUGCAGCGAUCAGAUGCUGGGGAGUAUAGCUGCAGACUGACCGUCAACGCCAGGCUGGUCGAGUCUCAGCCAGUCAUCAUCGAGGUGGAAGGUCUACCGACAUUUCUCCGUCAACCAGAGGACAGGAACGUAACAAGGAACGUAGCAUUCACGCUGACGUGUGAGGCCGUCGGGCCUCCAGACCCCGUUCAGAUCCGCUGGUUCCGUGACGGAUUACCUGACAGCGACUUUCAUGACUCUCCCAGCAACCACUCUGUUACAGGUGUGGACAAGUACACUCAGUUCAGCUGUGAAGCUUACAACACGAAGGGUGUCACCACCUCCAGAGAAGCAAAUAUCAACAUCAAAGUCCUUCCCAGCCCUGUGUCUAAUGUUACUGUGAUGGAGAGGCAGUCCAAUAAGUUGUUGUUGAGCUGGAGCCCUGGACAUGAUGGUUUCUCUCCACUAACUCAAUGUCACAUCAGGGUCAAAGAAGUGAGCCGCAGGAAAGGGGAGGUGAUGACCACCCGGUUCGUCAACGUCACAGUGCCGCCUUUCCAGUAUGAAGUCCCCGGGCUGCAGGCUAUGACGUGGUACAACCUGAGUGUUUCCUGCAGCAAUGAGGUGGGAGCCUCUCCUGUCACCAUGUGGAUCCAGAGCAACACCACAGAGGGAGUGCCAUCAGUUUAUCCUCGAAAUGUCACCGUCCAGCUGAACGAGUCGUGGCUGGUGAUCAGUUGGAAACCUCCCCCAGAUGAUAAGAUAAAUGGCAUCCUGCGAGGCUACGAUGUUAUUGUCAGACAUGGCGCACAAGUGACCAAGAUCCACAGAAACUCAACCGUGGCCUUUGUCGAACUGCAGGAAUUCAACUCAACCUACAGUGUGGAGGUGGCUGCAUGCACACAGGCAGGCAGCGGCAUGGUCAGUCCACGAGUCUGGCUCUUUGUGCCAGAGAACAAAUUAAUUGUGUCUCCGUCGUCCAGUCCUGACACCGGCGUUCCAGACUCUGUCUACGUUGUGCUGGGCGUCGUGUGUGGCUUCUGUCUUCUGAUGCUUAUCCUGUCGGGGGCUAUCUGUGUACGCAACAGGACCUAUGACUCUUGCUUUGGGCGGAUGCUUGGAGGUGGAGAAAAGCUCCAGCCUAUUGUACAGUACAAGCCCCAAAGAACCUACAAUCGAUCAGCCAUAGGAAUCACACUUGGGACCCUUGGUGUUAGUGAAGAACUCCGGGCCAAACUUCAGGACGUGAUGGUCAUGAGGAACUUGCUCUCCAUAGGGAAGGUUCUAGGAGAGGGUGAAUUUGGCUCCGUGGUGGAGGGACAUUUAAGACAACCAGACGGAAGGUCAGAAAAAGUUGCAGUGAAGACGAUGAAACUGGAUAGCUUCUCUCAACGGGAGAUUGAGGAGUUCCUGAAUGAGGCGGCCUGCAUGAAAGAUUUCAACCAUCCUAAUGUCAUCAGACUGCUCGGUGUGUGCUUGGAGGUAGACUCAGGACAUUUUCCCAAGCCCAUGGUCAUCCUGCCAUUCAUGAAAUAUGGAGAUCUACACAGUUUCCUGCUGCGCUCACGCCUGGGAGAGAGUCCAGUGUUCUUGCUCACUCAGACACUCCUGAAGUUCAUGGUUGACAUUGCUUUGGGUAUGGAGUAUCUCAGUGGUCGGAACUUUCUGCAUCGUGACCUGGCGGCUCGCAAUUGCAUGCUGCGUGAUGACAUGACAGUGUGUGUAGCAGACUUUGGGUUAUCUAAGAAGAUCUACAGUGGAGAUUAUUACAGGCAGGGCAGAAUAGCCAAAAUGCCUGUAAAAUGGAUUGCAGUGGAGAGUCUGGCAGACCGAGUCUUUACUGUAAAGAGUGACGUGUGGGCGUUUGGCGUUACCAUGUGGGAGAUCGCGACACGAGGCAUGACGCCGUAUCCAGGCAUCCAGAACCAUGAAAUUUAUGACUACCUUCUCGAAGGACACAGACUGAAGCAGCCAGCGGACUGUUUGGAUGAACUGUAUGAGAUCAUGUACAGUUGCUGGAGGGCCGAUCCACUGGACAGACCCUCCUUUUUCCAACUGCGAGAAAUGUUGGAAAAGCUCACAGAAAAGCUCCCGGAGUCUUUCAGCAAGGACGAUAUUAUCUAUAUCAACACCAGCUUUCCUGAAGAGGACCCUGACGGAGAAGCGCUUCCUGCAGAUCGUCCUGUGUUCACCUCGUCACCAUCAUGCAGCCACCAGGCAGCAGAAAAUUCUGUAGUUACUGCGGACAUUCAUGGGAGUCUGGAGGCUGAGGAAGAUGAGGACGAUGAUCGUUAUGUGGUGGUGAUCUCCUCUGAUCUCUCCCUGAGAUCUCCUGAAAUGGACACUCCUCUUUUGUCAAGUGAUGCUUUAAGUCAAGCAAAUGGAGCCAUGGUUACGGAUGUGACCGCAAUGGAUCACAGCUCGAGUGACACUUCUUUCCUGCUGUAAUGCUCGGUACCAGCAGAUCCAAACUGUAAUAAAACUCUCAACCUGGUAAAACUGGUUCAUCAGUACUAAACAUUAUGCCUCAUUGCACUGGGAGCACCUUGACAUUUCCUGAUGUGGACUUCCUGUAGUAUUCUUAUAGAAGCAGUUUAUGCUUUACACACCAGCCUACAUGUCAGUGUUAGGAAUGUUGUCCAUGUGUGUCAACAUCAAGCAUGUCCAUGCACAUGCUCCAUAAGCUUAAGAUACACUGAACUGUGAAAUUGUUUACUGUACUGAAUUGUGUGUUGCAAUGUAAAUAUAGAAAUGCACAGAAAAUUUAUAAAGUGAUCUUAUAAACUUGACCUCUAUGGGCCUUGAACAGUUAAUGAAAUGUGGUGGAACUGCUAAAAACUCAGAGAUCUGAAACAUGAUUGAGGCCACAAGUGAAAAAGGCUGGGAACCAGUGGUGUAAUCUUUAACAAGCUAUUAUAUCUUAAGAGCUCAGUGUGUUUUUUUUAUAUGAAAUCCAAAUCUGCAAGGUAACCAGUAACUAUGGCUGUCAAAUAAAUGUAGUGGAGUAAAAAGCA